CUUCCAGUCUUACUAUCCUUGACCAAUGUUCAUUUGAGUCCAUCAAUAUCUGUGGCAUGGUGCAAAAUGGAAAAGACGACAAGGACUGGGAACAUACCUUGACUACAACCAGGGAUAACAACAACCACUGCUUAGAGAAAGGAUACGUUAUGAGCUUCGAUACCACCAAAGGCCUUUCAGGUGAAACAGCCAUUUUGGAGUCCCGCAUUCUUUAUCCAAGAAGAAAUGAGAAGUGUCUACAAUUCUUUUACAAAUUUGAUGGCAGUCCAAAAGAUGAGCUGAUUGUGUGGCUUAAAACUGAUGAUGGUACUGGAAACAUUAGGAAGUCAAUAAAAGUGAAGAGCAUCCAUGGUGAUGGAGAGAAGCAGUGGAACUUUGCAAACAUACCUUUCAACACCCGGACCAAAUUCCGCUAUGUUUUUCAUGGCCUUAAAGGAGACCCACAGAAUUCCAAAGGAGGAAUUCACCUUGAUGAUAUCACUCUGACUGAAACGCAAUGUCCUACCAGUGUUUGGCAGAUAAGAAACUUCACUUCCAUUUUAAAGAGUUCCUCAAAAGGAGAUUAUCUGGCAAGCCCUAUCUUUUAUAACUCUGAAGGCUACUGCUUUGU